AUGCCACACACAGGUCAGGCAGGUAUAAACCAAUUGGGAGGACUGUUUGUCAAUGGUAGACCAUUGCCAUUACAUGUAAGGCAUCGGAUAAUAGAGUUGGCUCUGAUGGGUGUCAGGCCUUGCGAUAUAUCGCGUCAAUUGCUUGUAUCGCACGGUUGUGUUUCUAAAAUAUUAACCAGAUUUUAUGAGACGGGUUCAAUAAAGCCGGGAACUAACCAUUUGCGAUCUAUAGGUGGAUCCAAAUCAAAGCACGUGACGACACCAAACAUUGUUAAAAGGAUAUUACGGUUAAAACAUGAGAACCCGGCUAUAUUUGCCUGGGAGAUCAGGGAUCUGUUACGUAGGGAACUUAUGUCUUACACCCAAAGUCAGGCACAAAAUGGCACCACUUGUGGCCCCUCAUCGACACCCGAUUCUGAUCCCACAAUGAAUAUCAUUCCUUCCAUUUCAUCAAUUAAUCGUAUUUUAAGAAACGGUACGAACGGUAUCAUGGAUUGGACACCAAAUGUCAGACAAACCAUAACUGAAAGCAAUGAGACAAUUACGCCAUUAAAUAAAAGCCCACAAAAUACACAACAACCCAUUUUUGAAAUUUUAAAGAAGGACGACAUCGACACUAACAAUGAAACAGAGAUUAACAGUGAGAGUCAUCCAAAUAACAGCUAUCCAUCUAAUGGCUCGUCCGCACCAAUUGGUCAGCACAUGACUGUCCAACAACAGCUCUAUUACUCUUAUUAUUGUCAGGCUUUGAUGGCUGUUAACCAUAAACAUAAUAUCAAUGAGUCAAUCAAUAAUAUUCAUAGAAAUAACAUAUUAUUUGAGACCCAUUUGAACCAAAGUGAACAUCAAAUGACAGGAUCACAACAUAACUAUCAUAAUUCAACACAAUUGACCCAUCAAUUAGCAAAUGAUGAAAUUAACAAUUCAAACAAUAAUUUUCAAUAG